GUGCUUCUCGCCACAGCUCUAACUCUGCAGUCUCCUGAGCUCUGCGAUUUUCUCUGCAAUUGUGCAGCGACGUAAGUUGUCGUACAACCCCGUCGCUCGCACCAGUAGGCCAGCCAUGGCAUCGCGGCGUGGGUUGCGGCGGGGCGACCUGAACGACGAGGAGCUCGAGCGGCAGCAGGAGGAGUUCAUGGCGGGCCGGCGGCCAGCCGCCGCCACUGUCGUGCGACUCAAUAGCGCGGACGACGCGGGACCGAGGGGCGAUUCAGGGGUAGAUUCGGGCGCAGCAGUGCCCGGGGCGCUUGGGGCGCGCAGGGCGGGGGAGGGAGGGCGGGGGAGUGGAAGCGAGGAGCAGCAGCGGCGGAAGCAGCAAGAGAGGCAGCAGCUGCAGAAGCGGAAGCAGCAGCGGCAGCAGCAGCGAGGGGAGGAGCAGAUGGGGAGCAUGGGAGGGGUGGGGUCACAGGGCGAGCGGGGCGAGGGGGGGUACCGUCCGCUGACUGUGCUGGGCGGCAUCCGCGAGAAGGGCUUUGGCGACGCUCCUGCGCGCCCCUCUGUCCCCCUCGGCCCCAUGUCCGCCCUUGCCUUCCCCGUCGCCCGCCACCGCGCCGAGGGGCCUCACUGGCAGCCAGCAACGGUGCAUGCGUCUCCCACGAGCCCUUCGCAUGACCCCUCCGCCCUGCCACCCCCGCUGGCUGCUGCUGCUUCUGCCAUGCCUCUGCGCCCACAGCAGGCAGCAGGGGGAAAGAAAGGGGCAGCAGUUGCAGAUAGAGAGGCGGAGAGGAGCAGGGGUGGAAUGGGGGCGGACAGGGAGCGGCGGGAGGAGGAGGGGAAGUAUAGGGGAGAGGAGAGGAGGGAAGGGGCGAGAGGAAGGGAGGAAGGAGGGAUGGGGGCAGUGGAGGGAGAAGCGAUGGUUGUGGAUGGGGGCGUGGCAGCAGUGGGGGAACAUGUGAGCGAUAGGGAGCGAGAGGCAAGGGAAGGGAGAAUAGCUCGUGCUGCUGGUGCAGGGCCAGGGUCGGGGGACGCAGCUGCUGUGAAGAGUGGGGGCAGUGCAGCACGGAGAGGCACAGGCGCACAAGGGAUUGGUGGUGGCGGCAGGGGGAUAGGGGAGACGCAGGAGCAGCGGGAGAUAGACGAAGCGAACAGGGGCGUGGUGGGUGGCAUGAGUGCGGCGCAGAUAGCGGAGGCACAGGCAGAGCUCAUGGCACGGCUGCCAGCCGGGGCUGUGGACAUGCUGAGGCGACGAGGCAGGGCCAAGGAGGAGCGGCGCAGGGGGUUGGGGGCUGUGCAGGGCAGCGCGUCGGAGGGGGUGGCCGCGAGUGCAGGGGGUGAUAGUGCAGGGGGUGAUAGUGCAGGGGGUGAUAGUGCAGGGGGUGAUAGUGCAGGGGAGCAGCAGCAGCAGGCCAUGGAGGUUGAUGGCAAUGGCAGUGGUGGCAGUGCAUCUUCUCAGCUGCUUCCUUCACAGCCUGCACCCACGAGCCGCCCUCCACUGCCACGUCAGCAUGACCAGCCUGCCACAUGGGAGCAGCGAGUGGAGCGCAUCCGUGGUGUGCGGUUUGCAAUGGAUGGGCGGCCAGUCCCUGCUGACGUGGCAAGGGAGGCAGAGACGGCUCUUGGGGUGCCGAGUGAAGCUGCCAUGCAGUUUGACCAGGACUCGGCGCAAGGCAUGGCGGUGCGUGACCUGGCAGUGCGCCACGUGGCGGAGCGGGAUUGGCUGAGAACGGGAGCGGAGCCCGGGAGGGCGGGGUACACGGUGCGGGAGGCAGUGGCGCUUUCGCGCAGCCAGGUGCCGGCGCAGGCAGCAGCAGGGCUGGCCGUGCUCUCAGCCGUGCUCAGCCGGGCGGCGCGCGCACUGGGGGAGGAGGGGGAGGAGGACUGGCAGGCGGUGUGGGCUUAUGCUCUCAGCCACGAGGUGCAGUUGCUGCUGGCCGUGCGUCUGGCGCUGGACCACGAGCACAUCCAAGUCAUCUCUGCCGCCCUCUCCCUCACCCUGCACAUCCUCUCCUUCGCCCCCAACCAGCGCUUCUUCUCCCUCUCCCAGUGUGUGUGGCGCGGUGAGAGCGCCACAGCCACAGCCCCCGUGCACAAGCCCAAGGCCGCUGCCUCCUUCCUGCCGGCGCCCCUCACUGCCUCCCUGUCGCCCUCCGCGUCUGCUGAUGCGUCCUCCCUGCUGCUGGCCUUCGCCCGCUGCCACCACUGGCGCCGCAACGUGGCUCUCUCCGAGCUGCUGCUGCCCGCUGCUGACGCCGCUGCUGCUGCAGCUGCUUGUGAGGAGGAGGAGGAGGAGGGGGAAGGUGAGGGCACGGGCCUGGAGGGAAUGGGGCUUGGUGGCGGUGGCGUGGAGGGGGUAGGGGAGGAGGGUGCGAGGACGGUGGGGAGUGAUGCGAACGUGGCGUGCAGGGAUGUUUGCGCUGGACUCAUCCGCAUGGGCGUCCUCCCUCGCCUCGCAUACCUGCUGCAGCCGCACUCCCCUCUGCAGCACCACCCGCACCUGCACCUGCCCUGCCUGCACAUUGCCCUCUGCAUCGCCCGCCACUCCCCCGCUGCUGCCACCGCCCUUGCGCAAUCCCUCCACCUGCUUCCACCUCCUGCCCCCGCCACCCGCCCCUCCUCCUCCUCCCCCCAGCACUCGCCCCUCUCCGCCAUCCUCGCUGCGCCCACCAGCCCUGCUAUGCUGGCUGUUGCUGCUGACAUUCUCAAGGCGUGCAGCAUUGCCAGCCCAUCGUUUGCCCGCCACGUGGCGUCCGCUGACCUCAUCCACCUCGCCCUGCACCACCUGCUGCUCCUCCCCCUCUCACUCCCGCCCUCUCGCCCUCCCCUCUCCUCCACCCCACUCUCUCCACCCUCGCUCCCCUCCUCCUCCGCUCUCCUUCCGCGCGCCUCUGUGCCGGCAGUGCUCUCCAUCCUCUCUCUCUGGCGUGUGCUCGCCCGCUACUCGCUCACCGCCCACCUCUUCUCUGACUACUUCCCCUUCUUCGCGCGAUUCCUCGAGCCCCUUUAUCCCUGCACGCCCCCCGCCUCUCAACGCCCUGCUUCCUCCCCAUCCGUACACCAUCUGCCCGCCACCAUGCCUGUGACCAUGCCAGCCGGCCCACCUGCUGACUGGGGUGGCUUCCUGGGGAGAGGUGGUGAAGGAGAGGGGGAGGGCGGACAUGGAAGGGGCGUCGCAGGGGGAAAGGGGGAGGGGGGAGGGAAGGGCGUGUGGGGGGGAGCGGAGGUGUGUGUGGGGCGAGAGGCGGUGCUCUUGGUGGAGGCGCUGUGCUGUGGGUUGCCACGCCUGAGAGUGCUCCUGGGCGGGGGCGAUGGGGAGAGCAUGGAAGCAGAGAGGGAUGAGGGAGACGGUAUUGGCUGGGGCGUCGUGGUGGCGUUGCUCCCCAUGCUUCUGCGUUGGCUGCAGCCUGCGCUGCUUGCCCGCCUCUCAGCUGGCCUCUGUGCCACACUCGCACACUCGCACUUGCAUGGUGGAUUGGAAGGCGAUACGGCAUGUGUGGCAACUGGAGGCACUGCGGAUGAUGAUCUCAUGAACGGAGUGGCAGAGGAGGCGGCAGCGGUUGCGGCCGUGCUGCACUGCCUCGCCACUGUUGUCAUGCGUGCCGUACCCACCACGCCACUGCAUGCAGCACCCGCAUCAGCAGCAGGGGAGCAGCAAGGUGGAGGGCAAGCGGGGGAGGAGGUGGCAUCCUGUGUGCGCCCCCCUUUCAUCGACGCCAUCUCAUCAGCCCUGCUGCUCUCUGGCCUGCUGCCGUGCCCCAAUCCCUCCAUCCCUGCCUCCUCGCCACACCCUCUCCCGGCUGCCUUGCCCACCUUCCAGCUCCUGGCAGCCGCAGCGAGUUUGCCGUGUGCUCUGGGCGUGACCAGUGCGAGCUGCCUGCACGGCAUGCUGCGACUCGUGGGCAGCCUGCUGCUCCACAACCACGCAUGCCCUCCCACCAGAACCCACGAGUCUGCUGCACCAUCGUCACCUUCGUCGAUGCCAGCACCGGCAUCAGCGUCGGCAUCAGGUUCGGCAUCAGGUUCGGCAGCAGCAGCAUUAUCUGCCUGCUUGCCGUGCUUCCUGCCCCUCCUCACCUCCUCGUAUUGCCUGCUUUCCACCAGAGCAGCUGGCAGCCCCCUUUCUCGCGCCACACACCGCACUCACACCAUAACGCAUGCUGGAGCCAGUGCGCUGGUGUGGCGGGAGGGCAACACAGAGAGAGGGGGGCCUGCGCCAGGAGGGGGGGUGGGGUGGGGCGGGCGAGGGGCGCGGGGAGGGGAGGGGUGGUGGGGAGUGGAGGCAGUGCUAUCGUCGCAGCACAUUGCCAUGGUGGCGUCGCUGCUGGCACUGCUGCACGCACAGGGGGGCAUGCAGGGGGAGGGGGGAGGAGUGAGUGGGAGGGAGUUGGUGGAUGUGUGUUUUGCUGUGGCGGGUAGUGCAGGGCCCACUGACUGUGAACCAGCUGCCUUCAUCCUGCUCCACAUUCUGCUCGCUCCACUCGUCUUCACCCCUCCUGCUGGGCCACCCCAAGCACCCAGUGAAGAGGAGCAGGGCGAGGGGUGUGCGGGGUUGGAGAUGUGUGGUGGGAGUGGGGGUGCGCGUGACUGGCUGCCGUCAGUGCGGCGGCUGUUAGAGGCCGUCUGGUUCCACCGCUACUUGGCCCACACCACAGCAGCAAGGGGCAGUGCGAGGGGGGAGAGGAGAGGCCCAGCGAGGGAGGGGAUGGGAGGGCGGCUGGCGGCAGUGGAGGAAGGGGAGGAGGAGGCGGAGAUGGAAGGCGUGGAGGACCAAGGGGAGAUGCAGCAGGAGAGCGGUGGUGAUGGUGGCAAGAGGCGAGUAAGGUUUGUGGAGGAAGGUGGGGCAGUGACAGCAGGAGGUGCUGUCAGCGGAGCGAGGAGCAGCAGCGGUACUGCAGGCAUGGAGGGUGGUAUGGAGGUCACUAGGAGCGUUGAUGCAUGGGAGGGCAGCAGUGGUUGGUCGUUCUUGCUGCAAGGUGCAUCCACAGCAACCAAGCCCCUGCUGCUCCAAUGGGCCGCACAGAGCCUCCCUCUUCCCCCUGCCUGGCCCCUCAUUCCGCUGCCUGCUGCUGCUGCUCUGGCCGCUGCUGCAUCUGCCACCCACAGCACUGCACCCUCUGCCAUUGCCCCCGCUGCACCUCUCCCCCCACUCCACGUGCUGCACUCCAUGCUCGCGUUCCUCAGCGCGCUGGAGACCCGCCCCUCCACCUCCCCUCACGUGGCGCUCCUCCCGGUGUCCCUCAAGCUGCACCACCUGUCGCUGCUCUUCCUCGCCGACCCGCCCCUCUACCUCGACCCCGCCCUCGCUCGCCCCAUCGCCUGCCUCCAGGACGCGUAUGCGCUUCACCUGGCUUCACACCACUCCUUGCUUGACGCUCAUGGCAGCGACGGUGACACCUCAGGUGCCUCUGCACGUGCAUGCGUGCAUGACUUCCCGCCUCACCUCUUCCCGCCGUCGGCCUAUGACCCCUUCCUCCAGUCCCUCGCUGAUCUCUUUGCUUCAGCCUCCUUUGGCCAUGUCCUCUUCGCCCGCCAGCUCGCCACCCUCCUGCACGGGCACGUGGCUCCGCCCAUUCGCCUCGCUGUGUGGCGUGCACUGGAUGCUGCCUCCGCCCUGCACCUGCUGCCGCCGCUCUCUCUCUGUGCUGGCAACCCUGUGGGCUACUUGCUUGCUCCGCCUGCCUGCUGCUGCCCUGACUGCAGGGCUGCUGGGGGGCGUGAGGCAGUGGGAGGCGGGCAGGGGCAGGCAGUGGGCAGUGCAGGGGGGGCUCUGCUGCAAGCAUGCCUGCAGUCACUGGAGUCAGGCGCCCUUGACAAAUGCUGCUCUCUGCCGUCCCCUGCCACCUCUUCCUCCCAGCCUCCCGAUGCCCCUGGAGCAAGCAUCCAGCCAGAUGUCCUGCUGAUGGCUGCUCACUCUCCCCACAAGGCUGUGCCCUACCACCCGCUCUCACUCUCCCUCACUGCGUCUCUGCUCAUCCACUUCCUCUUUGACCAUGCACCCUCUCCCUCCUGCCCCACCCCUGCAAAUUCUACUGCAUCUCCUCACCACGCUCCUGCUGGACCUCAAGUGAGCGAGCCCCAUAUUCAGUCAGAGGCUGCCACGUGGCAGCGCGAAAGCGUGGCACGGCGCCUGGCCAGGUAUGCUCAGCGCAGCCCAGUGGCUCGGCAGCUUGUGGCGUGUGUGCUGACGUGGCAGUUGCCAGGGUGGGGAGACAGGUGGCAGGAAAGUGAGAGUAGGAGACGGGAUGGUGCUGGAGGAAGCAGCGGUGCGGUACCAGGGGAGACGGACGAGGGAGGAGGAGGGCAGGAGCAGGAAGAGCAGGGCAUGGUUGGGAGCGGGGCACUGCAUGGUGCCGCGGGUGUUGCUGCUGAGGCGAGCAGGGGUGCGGUGGCACGAGGGGCGGCAGCAGCAGCAGCAGCAGGGGGUGAAGGAGCAUUGAGUGCCCUGCAGGCAGCCGCAGUGCACCUCUCAGUGAACUCCCCCUCUGCCGCUCCAUACACUGGUUCCUUCGGGUAGCAGCCCCAUGCCUUGCCUCUGAUGUUGAAAUACUUCCCGUUUCAACGUGUUGGGCUGAGAAAAGCCCUUAGGAUCUUUACAGAGACUAAGUCCCAGUUGUACAAGAUACUUGAGUAGUGCAGCGGAAGUUUGAGUAGUUGAACCCUUGCACUAGUAUGUGAGAGCAAGUGAUUGAUUAAAAGAAACAAGCAUAC